CGACCCACACCCUAGUCCCCUAGUAUAUAAUGUUCGUUGCUGAAACUCCACAUUCUCUUGGCGCCCAAGGCCUGCUGGAUAUCCUCAAGGUCUAUCCCCACAGAAGCCACAGCCAGAACCAAUAUUGACUUUAGAACUUGCCAAUCCACCACCCGGAACUGACUGCACGUCAGUAAACAGAAACAUUUACAUUGCAGAAGUUGGGAAGAUGAAUCUUGAGUCCCCGGAAUCACGACUAUCUGAUAUGAAUACAGGCCCUGGAGUUUGCUUCAUUCCUGGGCUUCAGAAAGAAGAACAGGAGGCUGUGGACAAACGUCGUCCUCGGGUGUUGGAAGUUCUGAAAAACCUGAAAAUCCAGGCUAAAGAGGCUCCAGUCAUUGCUGUGCUGGGCUCUGGAGGUGGGCUGCGGGCUCACAUUGCCUGUCUUGGGGUCCUGAGUGAGCUGAAAGAACUGGGCCUGUUGGAUGCUGUCACAUACCUUGCAGGGGUCUCUGGGUCCACUUGGGCGCUGUCUUCAUUCUACACCCACAACGGGAAUGUGGCCAGUGCAGAGGCUGAACUGAAACGUCGCUUUGAACAGAAGGAGUGGCACUUAAAAGACAGCCUGGAGAGAGCCAUUGAGGCAGCAAAGAUGGAUAAUUACUCCCUGACUGAUUUUUGGGCUUAUUUGGUUGUUUCCAAGCAAACCAGAGAACUUCAGGACUCUUAUUUGUCUAGCAUGAAGAAGCAUGUGGAAGAAGGGACACUGCCAUACCCAAUAUUUGCAGCCAUUGAUGGUGACCUUCAGCCUGUCUGGAAGAAGACAAAAACCCAGAAGACCUGGUUUGAGUUCACACCUCACCACGCUGGCUACCCUGCACUUGGGGCCUAUGUCCCCAUCACGGACUUUGGAAGCAAAUUCGAAAAGGGAAGACUGGUCAAAUAUGAGCCUGAACGAGACCUGACUUUCCUGAGAGGGUUAUGGGGAAGUGCUCUGGCCGAUGCUGAAGAAAUUAAGAAAUAUAUUUUGAACUAUAUUUAUCGCCUGAGAGCAGAACCGAAAAUGGGACUUCAUCCUGUAGAAGGCAAGGAAACCGAGGCUCCCAUGCUGAUGGAGAAGCAGCAGACACAAAACGUCUUGUCUCUCGAGACAGAUGCGAACAAAGCAUGGACCAAGGUGGACGAAGCAGUCUUGGAAUUAGUGAUAGCUUAUGUGGAGGACCCGAAUGACCCCGGCAUCCAGGACAAGUUACAAGCCCUGCAGAAGGUGCUGGGUGACGAGAGAGGUGAGUGUCAUGAGCUGGAACACAGCUGGUUGGCUAAGAUGGCCCAGAACUGGAGUGAGGUCUCCCCUGGGCAGCGAGAGCAGUUUCUGGAAUACCUGGUAUAUUGCUUCACGAGGAAAAGUGGGCCUGCCACAUAUACGCCAUAUACAAUGCAGACAUGGACAAGAGGAACACUCUGGGACAUUUAUACUUUUCUGACUAAAACUAGCACUUGCUGUUGGAAGUGGGAGUGGGGAACGAUCAACAACUUCCUCUAUGAACAUGGUAACAUCACAGAUGAGGUGAUGCACAGCCGGGAAUUCCUCCACCUGGUGGAUGCUGGCUUUGCCAUCAACACUGCAUACCCGCUUGUUCUGCCCCCGACCCGGGAAGUACAUCUCAUCCUCUCCUUUGACUUCAGUGCUGGAGAUCCUUUAGAGACCAUCAGAGCCACUGCUGACUACUGCCACCGCCAUGGGAUCCCCUUCCCCCGGGUGGAAGAGGCUAAGCUGCAGGAGUGGUCCCGUGCCCCUGCCAGCUGCUACAUCCUGAAAGGCGAAACCGGACCUGUUGUGAUGCACUUCACCCUGUUCAACACAGACACCUGUCAAGGUGACAUUAAAAAAUUGGCAGAAACAUAUGCCACUAUCAAACUAGCUGACACCUACACUGUGGACCUGGUGGUGGACCUCCUGGACAUGGCUAAGAAAAAUGUCCGUGUAAACAAGGACAAUAUCCUGAGGGAGAUAAGUGAGGUGGCCAGGAAACCCCGGAGCUUCCCAAGGGGGAAUGAGGAGGAGUGUUUGGAAGUCAGCUGUACAGCGAAGGAGGUCCAACCCUCUCGGACCGUGGUGAUUAACAUCUCCAACCGCUCAGACGUGACAUUCAAGGACCCUUUGCUCCACCUCAAAUACGGCCAGCACCAUGAGGCCCUACCACAGACACUCGCUCCAGACUCCACCAUCAGCUGUUCCUUUGUGAAGAAACACUCCAGCUUCCAGGGCAGCAUGGGCCUGCUGGUCUACCAGGGCCCAGACUUCCAUCUGGCCCUCAUGUUCUCCAUUCCCUUCAGCUAUGCCCAUUACCAAAUUGAGUUUGCCCUGGCCAUCCUAACUUGGCCAGUUCCCAGCAACCUGAAGCUUGUGUUUGAUAGCAUUUUUCAGGACAAGGAGUUGCAGGGGCUCAAGGUGAAGAAGUGUGUCCUGCAGUUACCCCAGGGGGAGCUAGAACUAGAGCAUGACUCUCUGAUCAUCAGAGCCUCCCUCUCCAACAUCCAUGUGGCCGAAAUGAAUGUGGUAAUUGGGAACAAAGCCACUUAGUUUUUCUCUGUUUCCAUACCUGCUCAUGCUGCCCCCUAGCUGGAUUGCUUAGCUGUGUAGAGGUAGAGACCUUGGCUCAAGUCAUGGUGUGUGUCUUCAGAGCAAAGGGCCGCAAAAGUACUUGCUGACUGUACGUAUACCUGAACCCAUGAGAUUCCCUGUCUGCUUUCAUGCCUUGUAUGCCAUAUACAUAUGUACAUACUUAUGUACGGUCUUACGUACAUACGUACAUAAGACAGAAGUUUUACAUAUUGGGGAAAUAUGAUAUCUGUAUUAUUACUCUUUUUAAUUUAAUUUAAUUUAUUUAUGAGAGAAAGAUAACAGGGACAUCAGGGCUUCUAGCUACUGCAGAUAAAUUCCAGAUGCA